GACUUCCAAUUUUAUUAUACAUUUCUUUGCUUGUCAUGCGAAAGAUUCUUACGAAAUAAUUCAGGAAUGUUUAAAACAAUCGCACCCUAAAUAAUUUAAAAAACAAAUCUUUGCAUGUCGUUGUCAGUAAUAAAAUAUUUCUUCGCUUUGCAGAUGCUGCUGGAUGCUGCCCUCUACAAAAUAACGAAACGCAUAUGUUCAUGUGUAUGUAGUUCUUACUUUCUUACUAAGAAAAAAUACAUGAAUUGCGUGGGUGGAUCCGGUGAAUCCUAUGCCUGUUUAAAAGGUACAGAUGAGUGGUACGGCGAUAAAGUAAAGUAACGUGUACAAAAAUAGUACUACCGAUAAGAGUACACGUCAAUUUCGAAAUCGUUCACACCUUUCUACGGCUGGAAAACCACGGAGAACUAUAUUUAUAUACAUAUGUGUGCGCCGACUGAAGUUGAUCAAAAAUGAAAAGUUAUCAAUUAACUUGGUUCAUUUUGAACGUAUGCUUAGUGUAUACUUUCAACUUGGAGCCAAGAAUACCUGUUAUUAAAAAAGGACCAAGUGGCUCUUAUUUCGGUUAUUCUGUAGCCGAACAUCAAGAAAUAUCUCACGAUAGCUCAGACAAACCAAAAAGCUGGAUGUUAAUUGGUGCUCCUUUAGGCCAAAACAGACAACCAGAAACUAACAGGUCUGGUGCAUUAUGGAAAUGCCCUUUAACAACAACCAAAUUUAAUUGUACUCAAGUGAUCACAGAUGGACGAUCAACAGAAGGAGGUCUGUAUGAUACAAGUGUUGAUUCUGAUGAGUUAGUGCCACCAAGUAAUGAUGAAAUCAAAGAUAAUCAAUGGUUAGGAGUAACAGUUCGUAGUCAAGGUGUUGGUGGUAAAGUAAUGGUUUGUGCACAUAGGCACAUUGUAAAAACAGCAGAUUCUCAGUGGGGUCAAGGACAAUGUUAUAUAUUAACACAAAAUUUGAAACAUCAAGAUUUAAAAAAACCUUGUUCUGGAAAACCAACGAACAAAGCACACGAACAAUUUGGUUAUUGUCAAGCUGGAACUAGUGGUGUACUUACUUCAGAAGAUCGUGUUGUUAUUGGUACACCAGGUCCUCACACUUGGCGAGGAACUCUAUACAUUCUUACGAUUUCAGAUGAAUUUUUAACUAGAGAUAACACAGUUUAUAGUCCUCCAAUGCAAGAUGCUUAUCCUGUCAGUAAAUAUAGCUAUCUAGGAAUGUCUGUUACUGUGGGAAACUUUUUUGGUAAUGGAUUAGCUUAUGGUGCUGGAGCACCACGCUCAAAUGGUACUGGUCAGGUCAUUUUACUUAUAAAACACGACACUAAACCAAACAUGGAAGUUGCAUUGACUCUGGGUGGUGAACAAUUCGCUUCGAGUUUCGGAUAUGAAAUUACUUCUGCAGAUGUCAAUGGAGACAAAAUUGCUGAUCUUAUUGUGGCAGCACCAUUUUAUUUCAACAAAGCAGAAGGAGGUGCUGUAUAUGUAUACACACAGUUACAGAAAUUAUAUAAGGAUAAUAAAAGUGUAAAACUUAUAACUAUGGAAAAAGGUAAACCUGUUAAACUUGUCGGGCGUGGAGAAUCCAGAUUUGGAUUUGCAUUGACAAAUUUGGGAGAUUUAAAUAAAGAUGGAUACGAAGAUAUUGCCAUUGGAGCACCUUACGAAAAUAAAGGAGCUGUAUAUAUAUAUCUUGGUUCUAAAAAUGGAAUAAUUACAGUGCCAUCACAAGUAAUACAUGCAGAUGAUAUGCCAGAACCAUUGCAAACAUUUGGUUACUCGUUGAGUGGAGGAAUUGAUAUGGAUCAAAAUGGAUAUUCAGAUUUAUUAGUAGGAGCUUAUGAAAGUGAUGCUGUAGCACUUCUUCGUUCAAGAAAAAUUAUUGACAUCACUACUUAUAUUCGCUAUUUAAAAAAAGAUGGCACAUAUCAAGAAAAAAUAGAACCUAUUGAUCCCAAUAGAGUUGGAUGUACAGAAGACCCUUAUUCAAAUCACACAUGCUUUUCGUUCGAAGCUUGUUGUAAAACGGAAUCACUCGUAAAGGAGGAAGAUAUGCAAAAUUUGAAAUUGAAUUAUUAUAUCGAAGCUGAAACUUAUACUGGAGUUAAAAAAUUCUCCAGAGUUUGGUUUGACACUGGUAAUGUACGACCGCAUUAUGUGAAUCGUACAGUUACUUUAGAUUCGAAAAAGUUUGAACAUUGUCAGAGAGAAAUAGUUUACUUAAAGGAAAAUACGCGUGACAUUCAGUCACCUAUUAAAUUUCGUUUAAAUUAUUCUCUAAUACAAGAAGAGCCAAUUAUGCCUGCUGAAGGAAAACCUUUACCCGAUAUAAAGAAUUAUCCUAUAUUGAAUCAACAAGAAGCUGCACGUGUGUUUGAAGCAACCUUCCAAAAAGAUUGUGGCAAUAACGAUAUUUGUGAAAGUGAUCUACAAGUAAAGGCUCGAUUAAAUUUAUCAGCUUCUUCUGUGAAACCAAAUUUCUAUGAACUUCUGUUGGGUGAAAGAGAAGAAGUUGUGGUGGAUGUAAAUGUAUCUAACAUUGGAGAAUCAGCAUAUGAAGCUCAACUGUUCAUCGUUCAUUCUCAAAGCUUGAAUUACAUUGCUAGUAAAAGUAAUGAUUCUGUAAUUUGUAAUUUACAUAACACCACCAUAGUAGCUUGUUCUAUUGGAAACCCAUUUAAGAAAGAUAAAAUGGUAAAUAUACAAAUACGGUUUGAUCCCAAGGAAUUGGAAGACAACGAGUCGCAAUUAGGAUUUGUGAUAUUUGCAAAUUCUACUUCGAAAGAAGUAAAAGAGAAAGAACCUACAAAAUUGCGAGCAACGGUACUAAAACGGGCAGAAUUAUCAAUUAAAGGGAAUGCAAAAAUUCAAUCGACGUUUUAUGGUGGACCAAUUAUAGGUGAAUCAGCUGUAAAACACUUAAGUGAAGUAGGACCUAAAGUUUCGCAUAUUUACGAAGUAUUUAAUGAAGGUCCAUGGAGAGUAAGUAACUUAGAAAUUCGCAUUUCAUGGCCUUACGAGGUUGCAAAUGAUAAGGCCCAUGGAAAAUGGCUGUUGUACUUAGAAGAGUUACCAACUGUUGAACCUUUUGGACAUGGCGAAUGUAUGCCACUACCAGAGCAUGUACUUAAUCCAUUGAAGCUACAAGACAGUGCUAACGAUGAUGAUAUGGAUGUUUCUUCAUCUGUAGUAUCUACGCCUCCUACAUUACACAGUUAUAUCAAUCACGUAAGAACAAGGAGAGACACAGAAAAAGUUCUUAACACGCAUAUUAUUACUGAUAAGGAUGGUCAUAGACGACAAGUAGUUUCGAUGAAUUGUAAAGCAGGGACUGCAAAAUGCUUUAACAUUACAUGCUUUAUAUUCAACUUACAAAGGAAACAAGAAGCAGUCAUAACUGUUAAAGCAAGGUUAUGGAAUUCUACUCUUGUAGAAGACUACCCGAAAGUGGAUCAGGUACACAUAGCUUCUAAUGCAGAAAUAAUUAUUCCACAAAAUGUUACAAUACAACAAGAAAAUUUGAAAGAUGAUCAUGCAAAUGCUGAGAUGAUUGUAUAUCCACAUCUUCUUGAUCUACAAGAUGCUGAACCUGUGCCAAUUUGGGUAUACAUAGUGGCUGUGGUAGCAGGUUUGAUCUUAUUUAUUUUACUUACAUUAGUUCUCAGAAAACUUGGAUUCUUCAAAAGACGACGGCCAGAUCCCACUUUGUCCGGAAACCUCGAGAAGCACAAAGAUGACAAUCCAGAAAGUGAAGCGUUAUGUAAACGAUCGUUAUGAAGAACUAUUUGUUAUGCAUUUUUACUUAAACCAUUUCUUCGUGAACUUUCAUGAUUACUUACGUUUAGAGUACUUACAAUGAAAGAUAACGAUAGAUAACUGCGCUCAAAGUUAAGAGAUAUACGAUGCAACAUUGAAGCAGCUAAUGCAAGAGGUUUGAAAUCGAUAUCAUGAUAUAUUGAUUUAUUUAUAGAUAUACUAUUUUUUAAAAAAAAAAGGUGCGAAAUUUUUAUGAACUUUAUUAAUAUAUCAUGCAUACUCAUCAUCUCAUGAUCUUCCGUUCAUAUUUACAUUCUCAGACAUGACUAUUGUCAUGUAUAUUUUUGUGCCAUUGUUAAUUUUGUCAUUAUACGAUAUUCUUGCAUAUACACACAAUACAUUCAGUUAUACCAUCUUGCAAAUACAUUUUUAUUAGAGGCUUUCACUGAUGCAGCUUUAUAUAUUUUUAUUAUUAUAUUUUAUUAAUUUAAAAUACUUAAUGUAUUAAAAUGAUUAAAAAUUCAACAUAACAAAGAAA